UCCAAGAAGCCUAAGCAACACGACACUAGAAGUAAAGGAGGAUCAAAAAGUAGUAUUCCCCCAUGCAAAACUUGUGGAAAGCUUCACACCGGAGAAUGUUUAAUGGGAAAGAAAGGGUGCUACAACUGUGGUCAGGAGGGACAUCCUUACUUUAAGUGCCCUAGUCCCGUGAGGACGUGUUUCAAUUGUUUCACUCCCGGUCAUGUAAAAGCUGACUGUCCAAAGCUUAAACAACAAGGGCAGAAGGAUGAAAAGAAGAAUGAAAAUCAGAAGGCUCGGGGAAGAAUGUUUCAGAUUACUACCGAGGAAGCCAAGGCCUCACCGAAUGUCGUGUCAGGAUCGAAAGAAGAAGGAGCUAGUUCCGGAUCACAAACAAAGGCACAAGAUCGAGGUAAAGCACAAGUUUAAUCGUCGUUGCGUCACUCGGAUAUGAACACACCUUGAUCACCCAUGAUGCGCUUCCGCCUCUUUUGUAGUAAUUUCAAAUGUUAAUAGUUUUGUAAUGUCUAGUUGUGUUGAAGUCUUUAAACUUUAACUAGUCGUUUGCAAGUAUUUAGUACUUAGAACUCAAUGUUUGAAAUGGUGGUUGAAAAUGUUAUGUUCUUUUGGUGUUUUA